GAAAAAUAUGGACUGUUUCUAAAACGUCCGUAAUCAACUUCUGUAGCAACAUCCUGCCCUCGCGUGACCGCGCGUAAUCACUUGCAUAUCUGAGACAGACACUAAACAUCACACAUUUACAAACAGAUGUACUUUUGUACUAGCACAGUAUAAUAACAGUAUGUACUACAAAACUGAGAUAAAACAUGACACUGGCUGACUGAAACAAAUUGCUGGGUAUGCAGCUUCCUGGUUCUGGCAAGGGGUAAACCCAAGAAGCAAAUAGUCUGAUAACCAAGGAUGCCAAAGAUCAUGUAAAGUGGAGGGGGAAAAGUAAAGUGAACCACAGGCUCUGGCUGAGGAAGCAGCUGGGCGAACAUUCAGGCAUCCAACUGGUCCCAGCGUGAGUUGAGAAGUAGUCAGUAUAAGGUGGCAAGAAAGAUCCAACGCUGGCCUACUAAAUACAGUCGCAGGCGUCGCAGUAUCAUGAUGCCUCGAAUAGUGUUCCCUGAGAGUGACACUGAACCAGAAAAGUAUUCUAGAAGAUCCAGGCAAGUACGUGUCUUCUUCGCCGACGACAAUGCUUCGUCUAGCCGAAUGCGACGCAGCCGCGGGCCUAGGAAGAAUUACGUCGAAGAUAGCGAAGAUAAACCUAUACAAGAAAAUGUGCGAAGGAGUUGCCGCAAACGCAAGCUGCUUCACCACAGCUUCAACGAGAGCUGGAUCACGAACGAGCUGAAGGUCAAGGGUUACCCCGACCUGUAUGGCUUCCCGGGGUCGAGCUCUUCUGAUGAAUUCACCUCCGGAGACGAGGCGAGACGGGACACCGGCAAGAAAGUGCAGAUCAAUAGUCACCCACCUACCAACACUGAUGAAGACACACAGCUGUCCCGCCAGAGGAGGACGUCGGCAAGGUUCAGUACCAAAAAGAAUGCAACGGAAACAGAUUCGGAAGACGAGAACAACCAAACGGUCAUAGAGAAGAUAGAAAAGAAACCGCCUCCGGAGGAGAAAAGAGAGAGAGACGAUGUGAAGAGAGAUGAUGUUGAGAAGAUGGAAGAGGAAACAAACCAGGAGAUCAAGACUGAACAGGAGCAGAACGCGCCGGAGGAAGGCGAGAGAAAUCAAAGACCACUUCGAAGUGUUAGGGCGACCAGAAAUAGAGGCAAAGUCAGGCCCAAGAAGGACGAUAGUCAACAAGAGACAGCAUCGGAGUCGUCGUCGUCGGAGUCCGGCAGCGAGCUGGCGCCGCGCCGCUCCAAGCGCACGCGCAACCCCAAGCCCGCCUUCGUGCAGCUCGCGCCCGGGGAGACCCGCGGCAGAGCCAAAACAUUUACGAUUAGAAAGAAGCCAUACUCCCUCAGGGAGAGGAAACCUAAAAUCCUACGCCGAAAGACUAUCAGAUCACAAUCGCCGUCUAGCAGCAGUAGCAGCAGCACAAGCUCCGACACAGAGGAGGAUCUCAAUGUGUCUAUGAAAAACAAAACCAAGGGCAGGCAAAAGACUAAGGCGAAUGAGGACAAGAAAACAGAUAGAGCAUUGAGAGAUAUACAGCCGAUUGAAGUUGACGGUAGCGUGAGAUUUUCUUCGGUGGGCGGUCUAGAAGAGCACAUAAAAUGCCUGCGGGAGAUGGUGCUCUUUCCCCUCAUGUACCCGAGCUUGUUCCAAAAGUUCAACACCCGGCCAGCCAAAGGGGUUCUGUUCCACGGGCCCCCGGGCACGGGGAAGACGCUGCUGGCGCGGGCGCUGGCCAACGAGUGUGGCCGCGCGGGGGGCCGGAAGGUGGCCUUCUUUAUGAGGAAGGGCGCCGACUGCCUGAAGAAGUGGGUCGGUGAGAGCGAAAGGCAUCUCAAGCUGCUGUUCCAACAGGCCAACAAGAUGAAGCCGUCGAUAAUAUUCUUCGAUGAAAUCGACGCUCUGGCGCCGGUGCGCAGCGUGAGGCAGGAGCAAGUACACACUAGUGUGGUCGGCACGUUGUUGGCCGAAAUGGACGGCUUAUGUGACAGGGGUGAAGUGAUAAUAAUCGGCGCUACAAACCGCCUGGACGCGGUGGACCCAGCGUUGCGUCGAGCGGGGCGUUUCGACCGCGAACUGCAUUUCCCCCCGCCUCACGUCUCCGCUAGAAAGGAUAUACUACACAUAUAUACAAAAGACUGGCGACCGAAGUUAUCCGAUAGCGUGUUGGAACAUGUGGCUGAUCUCACCGCUGGCUAUGGAGGUUCCGACCUUAAGGCAUUGUGUUCUGAAGCAGUACUAAAGGCGUUAAGAAGAGUCUACCCUCAAGUGUAUGAAAGUGAGCAUGCGUUACUGAUUGACGCGAAGAAUGUGGAAGUGACCCAACAAGACCUCCUGUCAGCCAUGAAGUCGUUGGUGGCUGCGGGGUCCCGCAGCCACCCGCCCGCGGCCAAGCGGUUGCCGCCGCACUGCGAGCCCCUGCUGCAGCAGCAGUUGCUGCGUGCCCACGCUAUGUGUACCCAGGCCCUGCAGUGCCGGGACCCGCUGUCGCCGAGCGCGGCGCUGGUGUGCGGCGCAUGCGCAGACUCGGUGCUGGCGCCGGGCGCGCUGUGGGCGCUGGCGGGCGCGCGCGCGGCCGUGCGCGAGCUCAGCGUGCGCGCGCUGCACGCCGCGCACGCCUUCACCGCGGAACAGGCGCUCAUAUCGUUAUUCUCAGAGUGUCGCCGCGUGGACUCCGACUGCGUACUAUUUGUCCGCGACAUCGUCUCCGUGUGGUCCGCUUUAGGGCCAGCUGGUGGAACUUUAUUGAAACAGCUGUGGCGCUCUCGAGCCGCCGGGGAUCGAACCUUGUUACUGGCCACAGCCACCGCACCACAGGAUCUACCCCUAGAGCUUCAAGAUCUAUUCCCGACAUACAAAGAUUGCAUUUACCAAAUCCGGGAGCCGAACGCUUCAGAAGUGAUAGCGUUUUUAAAACCGCUCUUAGCUGAGGCCAUGCUGCCCCCUCCCCCCGUCGAGAAUACUGAACCACCCCCGCCGUUACCCAGAGCCCCGCCUCCGCCCCCGCCCCGGGAGAGCGAGGAAGAGAUAUCCCGGCGCAAGCGCAAGGAGGACUACAAGCUGCGCGAGCUGAGGAUCUUCCUGCGCGACAUCUGUCGGAAACUCGCGUCCAACCGCCGCUUCUACAAGUUCACUAAGCCUGUCGAUCUUGAAGAGGUGACAGACUAUCUGGAUAUAAUAAAGGUGCCCAUGGACCUGGAGACAAUGAUGACAAAAGUGGACAUGCACAAGUAUAACUGUGCCAAAGAGUUCCUCGACGACAUCGAUCUUAUAUGUGCGAACGCGUUGGAGUAUAACCCGGACAGAACAUCAUCGGACAAACAGAUCCGCCACGAGGCGUGUUCGCUGCGGGACCAUGCGCACGCGCUCAUCGACGUCGAGAUGGACAGUGACUUCGAACUCGAGUGCCAGGACAUCGCCAGGAAGAGAAAGGAAGAGGGAGACAUGGCGGAUGACUUGCCCGACUUCAUAUACACCGCUUCUAAUUUACGUGUAGACUCAACAGUGAACGACAGUAAGACACCUCGGUCGUCACACAACGGCGAUAAGAGUGAAUCGCAAUCGGUAAAACGAAAGAGACGGCGAAUGAACGCGUGGUCCAAGGGGUUGGUGGUCAAACGGCAGAAAACUUCGCAAAAGACUUAUAAAGACCCGAGCAUGGCGAUAACAGACGAAGAGUCCAAAGAGAACAAACCCAUCACCUCCACUCCGCUACCUAACGGCGACGCGACGACAUCGUCUGGUUCUGAUGACGACGCUCCAUUGCGGAGGCCGCAAGACGAUUCUGACGCUAUAUUCAACAUCACCGCGCAAUCUACUGUCAACCACGUGUUGGAGAGUCCAACUAAAUCAACAGAAAAAUCUCCAGCCAAGACGUCACCAAAGAAACGGAAUUCAGGUCACGAAGCGACGAGUGGCGAUGCAGAGAAAGUACUGAUAAACAAGACUGAGCUAGAUAACAUUGUAUAUAAGAAUGCUAAGGCUUUACGAUCAAUAGGGCUUGAGGCCCUGAUCGACCUACACGCACAACUCCGUCAAAUCAUCAGCUCCUACGCAGAUAAACACGAUCGUAUGAAACUGCCGCAUGAUCUAAACACCGUAGUCUAUAGAUACUUACAACUGACGAGAAAGUGAAUGGGAUGAGAGAAUGGUAUGUGCUUUAAUUUCGAAAUAGUUUAAACUUAUGUGUUCCAUUUGAACUGGCCAGUAUUUUAAAAAACUAAACUUUUCUACCAGGAAAGUAAAGUCAUUAAAUAAAGUCAUGUUACUGGCCAGUAUUAUUAAGUGAAACAAUAUAAGUUACAUUUAUGGACGGGUUGACAUCGAAUUUUCGAUAGAGGCGAGUUAGGAGCGAAUUAAUUUAAUAUUUAAUUAGUCCAUUAUUUUUGUCUUACCUAUUUUUAUUGAUAUGAUUAAAUUAUCGACUUAUAAAGGCGACUGAACUAUCGUCCGCAACAAGAACAACAUAUUAAACGUUGCGUUUUGUGCUAAAAUUUAAUUCAUUUUUCAACUUCGUCUUUAAAUAUAUAAAUGAUUUUUAGUGAACGAAAAAGUCUUGUAUAAGCUUUUAUUUCCAAAUACAUGCCUAUUUAUUAAUUGGCACGUAUUUACCUGAUGCGUAUGAGUAAAAGAGAGAUAUCAAUUUAGUACUUAUUUUGAUUCUAAACAACAACUCGAGUGACGGACGCCUCGAAUAAUGUAACUAGACAAAACCAAUUAAUUAAUAUUAAUAAAUUAUUGAAUCUAAAUAUUUUUUUCAAUUAAGUAAUCGAUUAUAAUAUCAUAUGAAUUUGGUAUGUGUUUAGAUCAAUGAUGGUUAAUAAAUAAAAAUUUAAUUUAGUAUAAUUGAAGUUCAGAAAAAAAUAUUGCCAAAAUCCUUUGGCACAGGUGUAUAUGCUAAAACGAUUGUAUUGUGAACGUGAAAUGUGAUGUCAUUAUAUAAAAUACAAUAAAUUUAACUAAUCACUGCCUGGCUAGAGUAUAUAUUGAUUUAGUCCCUCAAUUAUAUAUAAUUCGGGAGUGAACAAUUGUUAAUCGCUACACAUAAUAAAUAUUAAGUAAUCCGUACCGUAGGACAUAUUUAAGAAUAUAUUUUUUGUAGGCUCAAUAGAGUCUAGAACUAUUUUGUACCCUCUUAGCCAUACAGGCAUACUGAAGCUAAAUAUAUGUUCCGUCUCGUGAUGUCAAUGUCAAAUAUCUAAAAGUGCGACAGUGACAAAACAUAUAUUAACUGAAUUUGCUUUCGACUUUUUUUAUUGAGAAAAUGAGAGAAGAAUUAUUAUUACUGUUUGCAUCUGUAUUGUAUGUAUGAGACACGAAUACAUGGAGAGUGGGUAAGCUUUUGCCCAGCAGUGGGACAUGUUGUAGCUAUUAAAUAAAUGUAUGUUUGUAAGGCCAUCUUAUAAAAAAAUACCGGAUGAAAUUUGACCCGAUUUCAGACCUCGUAUCAGAAAAUCUAUUCAGAAAAUAUUUCACAAGAUAAUUGCUUACCUCUUCUCUUUUUUUAACAUAUUAACGAUUUUAAAAGACCAAUUAAAAAUAUGCCUAUUUUGCAUCGAUAUGCGUAACGCAAUUGCUAUAGCUAUAUUUAGCAUCAAUUAAACUGACGACAUACACGGCUAGCGAUUGGUUUAUUAAUUGAAACAAAUCGAGUUCUCCAAUAGAUCGGGGAGAUAAAUAAAUUUAAUAUUCCGUUAGAUCCUAUCGCGCCACAUGAUCAGAAAAGUAAAUUGCAUUUGAAUAAUCAUUAAAGUUGCAACUAUUCAUUCAUUUUGCAUAAUUUUACUUAAAAACUCUCGUGAACUAAUUACUUAGUGGGCUAAAAUAUUUACACGUGUAGGUUUGGUUUCUUACUAGGUUAAGUGGCCAUUUAAAUUUUGAAAUGUGACUGGCAGUUGUUGAAAUUUUGCAUAAAAAAAAUGUGUAGCCUUUUUUUAUAGGCUGGCAAGUGUCCCACUGCUGGACAAACGGUCCAAGUUACCUAUGUGUAACCUUUAGCAAAAUAAAUUAUUUUAAACGUUAUGACUAUUAAUAAUAAGGUUUAUUUUUCGGACAGUCACAGCUAACACUGCCUAGAUUAGAGUCUAUUUUUAGGGAAACAAACAAUACACAUUUAAUUUCUUACUUUUAUCGACCAUAGCUUAUAGAAGUUGGUUACGAGAAAAUACUGUAUUGUGAAACUGACUUAAGAUCAAUACCAUUCCUAAUUAGUUGAAUUGCGAGUGAGAAUUAUCAGUAACGUGUCUAGGUUUAAAUUAAUAUAAAGUCUAUUUUCCAUUGCGUACGGAUAUCAAUGGACGGUACAUGAUUUUAUUUUUAUAAUAAUGAUUUAACAAAAUUAGCAAGUGCAGUUGCAAAAUAAAAUGAGUGAAUAAAAUUUCCUUGCAGAGUUUUAUAAUAAAAGUUUAUAAAGUACAUUCACCUACAUGUGAUGUAGCUAUGUGAAAAUAUAUGUAUUUCCGUAUGCAAUGAAAGGCUUUGACGCAACUAACCGCUGCGUGACGCGCUUUAAUCAUUGUUCAGUUGAAAUUGGCAAAUGAAUUACAUUAUGUACAAUGUCUUAGAAGAAUUUCACAAUUAUACAAUAGUUUUUCAAAUAAUUUCGAAAAACUAUUACCGAAGAUACAUAAAAAUAUGAUAGUGUUUUUGGUGAUGUUUGGACUAUACCAAAUCACAUAUUCUCUUCUGAUCUUAUGAUGUCAGAUGAUCAAAAUAAUUCAUUCUAUAUUUAAUUAGUUUAAAUUAACUCAGGAAAAUUAUUAAAAAACGGUAAAAUGUCGCCACCCAUUUCUUGCACAUGCGUGUAUACGACGCGUAACGCAGCGGAGUGAUUUUUGGUACGAAAUAGUGGCACGACUGAUUAAAACAAUAUACGUACAAACGUCAAGUUUUGCAAUGCACAUGAUGAUGACAAAACUUCGAUUCCACGAGGUUUUCGAAAUUAAUGUCACGAAACUAAUAUCGUGUCACUAGUUUCGCAAUGAAAAUUAGGUUUAACCGGUUGUUAACUAUCCCGCUGGUCUGUGAUAUGUAGAAAAGAUGUAGUGUGUACAGGUUCGUUUUCAAAGUAAUGUGGUUUUAUAUUGAACCACAUCAUUCAUUAGCUCUCGAAAUCAUAAAAAAUAAAUAUGAGCGAAAUAAAUCUUGAAAGGAAUAGAGACAUUUCAAUAACAUUUCUCGAUAACUUAGCUUCGAAUUAUGCAUAUUUGAAAUAGCAAUUUUUCCAAUAAGGUACUACCGUAAGUUCUCAAACUUGCUGGUGCCUGGUAGAGUGAGAUCAAUAAAAUAUUUGUGGCUAACAUUUAAAAAAGCCUAUACAUUCAAAUCUGCUUUAGACGUGGACUUUUCUUUCACCAACGCUCGUAGCAAAGAAUUCAAUCGCGUUUGCCCUAGAUUUAGAUUUACGGAAUGAUUCAGUAAAUUUACAAAUACUACUAAUUAUAUGUGGAGUAUAUAUUAAUAACCUUGUUUUAAUCUUAUUGGAAGCUAUGGCUCUGCAACUCAAUUGCUUUUUGAAAUCUGUUUCAGAUUCAACUGUAAACUCGUUAUGUGUGGAAAUAUGCAAAAAAAAAUAAAUGUACUAAAGUUGCCCUGAUUAAUCUAAAUCCAACAUUAGUGUUAGAAAGUUCAAGUUUUGCCUUUAGAUAUCAGGCAGAAGUUAGUUAAUCUACUAAACACUAUUUAUCAUAGGAUAAGAAAUGUUUAUUGACUAACAGUAUAAUUUAGUAUUAAAAAAGUAAAUUUGAGUGACCACAGUGUGAGUUUUUGUGAGUAAACUUAAACACAGAUUUCUAUGUAAUCGAAGCAACGCCGCCUGGUGGCAAAUAAGAGUUCUUCAGAUUCCUUUAAUAUUUGUUGUUCGUAGUGUUUACUGUGAGUUUUUUAACUAUCGUUGAAACUGUUCGCACCGAGACACAGCCGACCAAUCACGUUGUGGCAUAGUGACGUGGCGACAACAACGCCGCGAUGUGAUUGGCUGCAUCUCACUGCGAAAAUUUUGACCAUCGAAUAAGGAUAGAAAAUUCAUGCUAACAAGAUAACAAUUUGCCAGUAGUAGAUGUAAAUGAUACUGAAAUUAUGUAGAAUUUUCUAAAAAGAUACACGAAGUCUGAUGUGACGACUAUUGUGGAUUGUAUGUUUGUUACGUAAGAUGUAUCGGAUCAGUUGUUGGUGGAAAAAUACGUUUAUUUCGUAAAAUACAUGUCAAAAACACAGUCUUAUAAAAGUCAAUUUAUGAAGUGAAAAUUGUUCUUUUUGUAAAGUAAUUUAAUUUGAUGCUAUUAUUCCAAACUCACGUCCGUCCUGCUCAAAUAAAUUAUUAUUUACUUAAAGACUCAUUGAUACUUCGGCUUGGAUCAGACUGUAGACUUGUAAUGGUUGUUGUGUAAUUAUACGUGUAUUAUACGAGAAUUGUCGAUUUUAGAUUAUAAGACCGUGCGUAGUGCGAGUUUGCAUUUCAUUUUGCACCAUUAUUUUUUGUUUCGGGACGAAUGAUGCUGGCAACAUACAAGAACGAGAAGAAGAGAUAGAGAUAUAUCGCUGUUGCUAAUGAUGAUAUCCGUCAAUGCUAUUGUAUUUCACAUUCAUCACAGUUUACUUACGUUAGGAUUACUUAAUUUUGUAUUUAAGAUCAAAAUGGCAUCUUAUCAAAUGAAACAUUUCCUUGUAAAACACGAUGUUAAAGCGGUUUUUAUUCCUUAUAUCAUAUUUGUUUCAAAAUAAUUUCGACAGUAUUUAUUUGAAUGAAUUUAAAAUCUAGCGAUGUGAUAUUCUCCUAAUUAUCGAGAAUUGUCGAGAAUGCACGGUGACGAUGUGGAAAUAUUCUCGGGAAUUUCCUUCGGAUCAUUCUUGAGAAAUUCAUUGAGAUUUAUCAUAGUAAUGUUAACGGCAUAUGUCAUUUAAGUUAGAGAUGAUAUUCCACCAAUUUUGUUGCAAAAGAAUACGUCUAUAACCGGAAAUCGUUUCUUUGAUAAAUGUACCUAUACUAUUGUUAUAGCACCUGUGUAUAAACAUUGUAAUCUGUAUAAUAUUUAUUAUCAUAUAACUGAUACAAAACCGUGUGAUAUUGAUGGAAUAGACGCUACUUUAUAGUGGUUAUGACAAAAUAGUUACCUCGAUCCAAAAUAGAAUGAAAUUCUAUGCCAUAGAAAAGUUUUAUGGUUCGUAGUCUAUUUUAAGGACAUCUUUAAUGAUCUAAAAUAAUAUCAAGAAAAUAAUAAAAAGCACCAAUGUGCCUUAAUGGCAUAUAACAGGACACAUAUUUGAUUGUUUACGGCUCGCUGCGUGACGUGUAGUCUUAGUGCUCAUUCAGCCUUACGUGCAACUUGACACCCUAAAGUGAACCUUCAUUGCCCGGUAUUGGGCUCAUAUUUGUUUAUCGUUUGAAGCAGAGGUGUCGUUUCAAUAGACUACGAUCCCAAAUAUUCGAUUAGAUUGUUAUUUGUACUAUAUUAAAACUAUUAAAAGUAAUAUGCUUGCAUUUGCUCAAUUGGGAGUGUGCGACGGUAUUCUUGUAAGCACUCAGUAUCCACCGGUUAGCGUGUAAUUUUUGUAUUUAAAACAUUGUAUUUAAUUAACGGAAAAUAAAAGGGUACGAUUUCAUGUGAUAUCAAUAAA